CCAUUAUUAUUCCUGCUUCUCAGGUCUCAAGUUUAUGGCGCAACGAAAGCCCACCAACCCACUGUUCUCAUUAAUGGCUUGAAAUAUUUCUUUUUCUAUCAGUCUAAAAAACGAUUUGGAUGAUAGUUUUUCAGGUACUUGAAGAAAGUAUUGAAUGCCCAGAAGCUGAAGUCAAUUGGGUUAGUUGUUGUUUGGUGUAAAAUGGUGGAACAAGGACGGUCAUUGGCUGAGACCCCUAAUUGGGCUGUUGCUACUGUGAUUACUUUUAUGGUAACUCUUGGCUUCUUCUUUCAUACCAUUUUGAAACAGUUUGGCAAGUGGUUGGACAAGACUAAGAGAAAAUCUCUGCUUGCUGCUCUGAAUAAGAUUAAAGAUGAAUUGAUGCUUUUUGGCCUAUUGUCAUUGUUGAUGGGUCAUUGGAUUGUAUAUGUGGCAAAAAUUUGUGUUAAAUCAUCAGCAUUGAGCAGCAAAUUUUUUCCGUGUGAAGUGAAGCGUUAUUUGAGAUCAGUACAGAGCAUUUCAGUUUCAAGUUUGGAUUAUUUGAAUACAACACUUUCUAGAGAGCAGUUGAACACCAGGCAGCAUCAAUACUGUCCUGAGGGUCGUGAAUCUUUUGCCUCAUAUGAAAGUCUUGAGCAGCUUCAUCGUUUCAUAUUUGUUCUUGGUGUUACUCACGUUUCUUACAGCUUUGUAGCCAUUGCCUUGGGCAUGAUUAAGAUAUAUAGCUGGAGAAGAUGGGAAAAUCAAGCUAAGACUAUGGCUAUCCAGAGUAUUCAAGACUCCUCGGAAGCUGCAUCAAGCAGUAGAAAAUUCAAGCGACUGUAUACCUUUAUUUUUCACCACACCUCUCAUCCAUGGAGUCGACAUGGAAUCCUGGUUUGGCUGCUCUGUUUCAGUCGCCAAUUCUGGACUUCUAUACAUCAGGCUGACUAUAUGGCUUUGCGCUUGGGCUUCAUCACUACUCAUCAACUUCCUUUGACAUAUGAUUUCCAUAAGUAUAUGCUUCGAAGCAUGGAAGAAGAGUUUCGUGAUAUUGUUGGCAUUAGUUUUCCGCUCUGGAUUUAUGCUGUGUUUUGCAUCUUUCUGGAUUUUCAUGGAACUAAUGCUUACCUUUGGCUUUCAUUCCUCCCUGCAAUUUUGAUACUGCUGAUUGGCACAAAAUUGCACCGUGUGGUGGUAAAGUUGGCUGUUGAAAUCACAGAUAAAUGCCCUUUGGAGGAAAAUAAUCAGAUUAACCUUAGAGAUGAUCUCUUCUGGUUUGGGAAGCCGAAAAUUCUGUUGCGCUUGAUACAACUAAUAUCAUUCCAGAAUGCAUUUGAGAUGGCAACAUUUCUUUGGUCCCUGUGGGAAAUCAAUGAACCUUCUUGUUUCAUGGAGUACCGUAAAUUUGCCGUGAUUCGCUUGGCAUUCGGUGUUGUCACCCAGUGCUGGUGUAGCUUCAUUACAUUCCCUCUUUAUGUUAUCAUUACACAGAUGGGUUCCAGGUUGAAGAAAUCAGUUGUUCCUGAACACGUGAGGCAGUCACUCUCUAGAUGGCGAGUAAAGGCAAAGCAAGGUUCUUCAGUUACACUCACGAAUGCAACAUCUAUCACGUCGCUCGAUUCCUUGAUCGAUGACACGAACAAAGAUGAUGACUUCCCAGCACAAAGCAGCAUGGAAGGAAGCUCUUCAACAUACAAAGAUAGAGUUCUACAGCUAGACACCUCAGAAGCGGAAGGUCCAAUAUUUGAAAUAUCACCGUACAAUGGCAACUUGGAGGUUCCAUGAUCACCGGAUUGCUAGUAAUGAAAUCAGAGAAGGGUAAUUACUACAUCAAACACAACAAUUUCAAUGGAUACAAACAUCGUAUGGUAUGUCUUGCCUGUAAUAAGUUUAGUAACUACAUGUCGUUUACCUUAUAAGCUUAUAAAUAUAAUGUCUUUUACAUUACUAA